GUAUAUCUUUGUAACAUCCGUCCCCUACCCACACAUAAGAUGUAAUAUUUUGAAAAAAGUAUUCAAAAACUUAUCUUCUCUUUCCAAAAAAAUUGUUACAGACAUCCUAAGGUUCUUCAAAAAGCUAAUAUUUUCUUGUAUGUUUAACUUCAUUUUCUGACUUGGAUGCUAACAUAAUUGGCCCAUUUACUGUGCAGCAGGCAACAAGUAUUUGAAGUAUUUUUCAUAGUUUCAUAGCAGUUUAAACUUGUCACAGGAAGCUUUUAAUGAAAACAGCCAUUUUUCACAAUAAUCUCAUGCGGUAAAAGGUUAAUCAAAUUUUGAACUUAAAAUGGAGGUAUGAAGGGCCGUAAAGGAGGUGGAGGCCGCAAUACCUAAAUUAAAUUUUGCUCUGUUCUUCUUUUACUUUUAGAUGUUUAAGUGUAAUAAAUUUACCAUGCUUAGUCAAAUCAAUGUUUUGAAAUUAAUUAUUACCUGACUAACAGCUGUAGUUUACUUACACUUUAAAGAAAUAUCUGUUUAAAAGGUUUCAUUUUACAAUUGAAAAUUCCAGUCUAAUGCUUGAUAAAACCAUCUUUCUGCUAAUGUGUUUACAUUUUAAUAAUGUUUAAAUAAAACUUUCAGACUCAAGGCUACUUGUUAACAGUUAGAUAUCAACCUGAUUACAAUUUUGCUCUCAACCAAAAAUGCCCAAAAAGAUUAGGCCUAAAGGCUACAGAAAUAGAGCCAGACAGAACAGAGAACGAAUGGCACAGAACUCUGAUGACAGUUCUUAGGUGGAUGAACUGAUUGCUAGACAUGUAAAAGGACCAGAAUCUGGGAUACACCAUGGUUUAUUUAAAUCGGUUGAUCUAAGCUGGCAGGUAGACAAGGUCACUGAUAUUAACCAGAAAUACAAUGCUGGAUUGAACAUAGAAUAUAAUCUACCACAGACACAACAGUCCCCUAUCAAUGCUCCUGGAAGGUGUGAAAAAAUUGUUGGUGAUGGGAAUUGUUUUUUCCGAUGUAUAUCAUUCCUGCUCUGUGGUAGUCAAGAAUAUCACAUUCAUAUACGACACACGCUACUGCUACAUAUGUGUUCAUUCUCAGUCUUACUUAGUUCCCUUCUCGCACCAAAUGUCGGAAUGGCUGAAUAUAUACAUCAGUCUGGGAUGUCAAAGGAUAAGGUUUGGGCCACUCAAGUCGAAAUUAUAGCAAUGGCGCAUUUAUUGAAAACUGACAUAUAUACUUAUUCUAAAUAUGGUAGCAAGCUUAAAUGGUUGAAACAUUCAGCAACAUUUACCGAUUCAAAUAUGCAAGUUUGUGAUAAAAACAUUUAUUUGGAUCAUUCUUCUGGGUGUCAUUUUGAUGUGGUUCUAUCAGUCGGUCCAGUGAAAAGCAUCGAGCAAGGGACUUAUGAAAACACUAUGUUGUGGAGUGAACUUUUAAGACAAGCUUCUAGAAAACAAUAUGUCAGAAAUUAUUUGCAAAAAAAGAGAAGAGAUCCAGAUUUCAAACAUAAGGAAAACGAAAAGAGAAAUACAACUAGGAAAGUGUUGAGAACUGACAGUGCUUAUAAGGAAAGUGAAAAACAGAAAAGAAAUACCACUAGAAAAGUGUUACGAACUGACAGUAGUUAUAAGGAAAGUGAAAAACAGAAGAGAAAUACAACUAGAAAAGUGUUACGAACUGACAGUACUUAUAAGGAAAGUGAAAAACAGAAGAGAAAUACAACUAGAAAAGUGUUACGAACUGAGAGUGCUUAUAGGGAAUGUGAAAAUCUGAAGAAAAAUGCUGGUAGAAAAGUGUUAAGAACUGAGAGUACUUAUAAAAAACAGGAAAAUCAGAAGAGAAAUACAAGCCGGAAAGUGUUAAGAACUGACAGUGUUUAUAAGGAGAGAGAAAAUCAGAAAACAAAUAUAACUAGGAAAGUGUUAAGAACUGAGAGUGAUUAUAGGCACAUUGAAAAUCAGAAAAGAAAUAUAACUAGGAAAGUGUUAAGAACUGAGAGUGAUUAUAGAGACAUUGAAAAUCAGAAACGAAAUAUAAACAGGAAAGUGGUAAGAACUGAGAGUGAUUAUAGGGACAUUGAAAAUCAGAAACGAAAUAUAACUAGGAAAGUGUUAAGAACUGAGAGUGAUUAUAGGGACAUUGAAAAUCAGAAACGAAAUAUAAACAGGAAAGUGUUAAGAACUGAUUACAAUGUUAAGAAAACAGAAAACAAGAAUAGGAAUAAAACCCGGAGAAUUAAAAGAAAUAAUCCAAUUAUUAAAGCUAAAGAAACACUUAGUAGGAGAAAAUGGAGGUCUUCAAAGCAGAGAAAAAAGAAAGAAAAAAUACUGCAGUACCUAUCUAGGAAAAAGAAAAAAACUAGAACUGUGACUCUUGAAACACAGGUGCUGCUUUUUAAUGAUUUGCUUCAUAAAGGAGAUAAUUUUGUGUGCACUUGCUGCCAUCAGACAUUCUAUCAACACAGUGUCUACACUGUAGGUCGUCAGAACCUCAUCAACAAAGGAAUAUCGCCGCAAUUUUUAGAUACUGUACUCACAGAUUACAGAAGCAUGUCUGAAACAGAGUGGAUUUGUAAAACUUGCUACAGAUAUAUAUCUUGCAGUAAGAUACCACCUAUGUCAAUCGCCAAUGGGUUUUCAAUGUCAAACUUACCAGAACGUUUAGCGAGCCUACAUCCUACUGAAACAGAAGAGAGGUGCACAGCCUUACGGAUACCUUUUAUGCAGCUAAAGCAGCUUGGUGUUGGUAAACAACUGGGAAUCUAUGGCAAUACAGUCAAUGUUCCAAUGAACCCAUCAAGUGUAGUGAAUGUUCUGCCAAGGAGAUUUGAAGACUCAGAAACGAUUCAUCUACAUUUUAAAAGAAGACUCCAGUUCAAGUCUUCCUUGUUACAUGAAACAGUCAGACCAAAAGUUAUCUAUGACAUAACUAAAUAUUUUAUUGAGAACAGUGACUUGUAUAAAGAAGAAAGCAUCAAGUUAGAUAGUCAUUGGUUUAAAGAUAGCCAACAGAAUCCUGACAUUGACUUUGUCUCAUUUGAAGACUUACAAAGUGUAAAUGAACAACAAAGUAAAACUGAUAACUCUACAGUAUCAAAGGUAAAUGAUGAGGUUGAUACAUGGAAUGAACUCACUGAAAAUGAGCAGGCUGGUGCAGGAAACAAAGAUACUAUGUUACAAAACAUUGAUUUCACAGAUGAUGGUGUACAUGCCCUCCAAAUAGCACCAGGAGAGAAAAACCACCCAAUUAGUUUGUUUAUGGAUGCAUAUUCAGAGGAGAAGUCAUUUCCAGUUCUUUUUGCUGGAAGAAAGAGGCCUGAGAAUGAUGACCGUCUGGUACCAAUCAGAUAUAGUACUGUUUGUAAAGCAGAACUCAGAAAUGUUGAUGGUAGGUUUGCCAAGUCAGUUCCAAAUAUUUUCUUUAAGUUGAAGAAACUACAGGCACUUCAAGUGAAGGACAUGGCCACCACUGCUCUCAGAAAGUCAAAGAAUGUGUCUUUCACAGCUGGUGAACUUAAAUCUUCAGAAAAUAUACAGAACAUACUCAAACAUGAUGAAGGUUUCAGGUUCCUGAAGAAUUUGCGCUCAUCACCGCCAUAUUACCAAACAAAGCAGAAAGAAUUAUUUGCAAUGAUUAACCAGUUGGGUUUGCCUACUUUUUUUGCAACUUUUUCUGCUGCCGAGACAAAAUGGACAGAUUUACUUCAGUUGUUAUGUAACAAAUCUGGAAGACAAACAAAUGAAGACACUGUUGAAAAUCUCACCUGGAUGGAGAAAUGUGAAUUGAUCCAGAAAAACCCCACUACGUGUGCCAGGCACUUCCACUACAGGUCACAACUGUUUUUGAACAAUAUACUUAAAUCAGAUCUCUCACCUAUUGGGAAGCUUGUUGACCACUAUAUACGUGUAGAAUUUCAGCAGAGAGGAUCACCCCACUUACACUGCUUAUUCUGGAUUCAAGGUGCCCCAAUGCAUGGAAUCCAAGAUGAUAAAAAGGUCAUUGAGUUCAUUGAUUCUCACAUCAGUACCAGUUCAGAUGUUGAUGAAGACAGCAAGCAGUUUUUACAGCUACAAGUGCACAGGCAUUCUAAAUCCUGUAAAAAAAAAGGUAAAGAAAUCUGUCGUUUUGGGUUUCCGCUCCCUCCCAUGAAAGAAACCCUUAUUUUGGAACCGUUUGACUCUAAAACUGAUAAAAAACUACAUAAACAGAAUUAUGAGAAAGUGUUGAAAGUGAUCAGCAGCUUACCAAAAGAUGAAGAUAUAGAGUUUGAUGAGUUCCUGAAACAAUGUGGACUUACAUAUGAUGAGUACAUUAGUGCUGUAAGGUCAUCACUAAAAAAGAAGCAGGUCUUACUUAAGAGAGCAGUAAAGGAUACAAGGAUCAACGGCUAUAACUUGCAUAUUCUAAAGAUAUGGCAAGCCAAUACUGACCUUCAGUUUGUAUUGGACCCUUGGGCUGUUUGUGUGUACAUAGCAAGCUAUAUGAUGAAAUCGCAGAGAGGAAUGAGUAAUCUGCUUCAAACAGCUACUGAAGAGGCCAAAAAGGGAAAUGUGAAACUCAAAGACAAACUCCGACACAUCUCUAACAAGUUUCUGAAUCAUUGUGAAGUGUCAGCUCAAGAAGCCAUUUAUUUAUUGCUUCAGUUGCCACUAACCCAAAGCUCCCGUGAUGUGAUCUUUGUUAAUACAUCUCCACCAGAGAAACGUGUCGAAAUUCUAAAAUCUUCGGCCCAACUUCAACAAUUACCUGAUGAUUCUACUGAGGUAACCUGUGCUGGUUUGUUAGGUAGAUAUGCUGAAAGACCUAUUCAACUGGAAACUUUGAGUCUUGCUGAAUUUGCAACUUCAUUUGAACAGAAACUUCAGAGAAAAAGUACCACAUUUGAAACAGAAAGUGAAGUUAAUGAUGACACAGAUAACAAUGUUGAAAAUGUCAAGCCAGGACUUGAAAUUAAACUGCCAAAUGGUUAUCGACUUGUUCAAAGAAGAACUCCAAAAGUUGUCCGCUAUGUAAAAUAUAGCAUCAAAAAAGACAGCGAACUGUUUUAUAGAGAACAGAUAAUGUUGUUUUAUCCAUGGAGGGAUGAAAGUAUGUUGAUGGGUACAUCUUCAUCAUAUGAAAACCAAUACAGACAGAUAGAAGCAGAUAUUUCAAAGGUACGCUCUACAUUCCAGUCAAAUGUGGAAGGAAUAGAAGAAGCAAUAAAAGCUGUAAGUGAAGAGCAAGUUGACGAAGAACUAGAUGAGAUUGCACCGGCUGCCAGACAGUCAGAAGAAGAUGCUGCAUUAGAGAAAGAAGACCUUAGUUCCAUUUUACAGCCUCCAAAUGAAAGGUCACAAUUUUAUGAUAUAGGUUUAGGAUCAGGAACAGCUUCUGACAAACAAGAGACUUUAAUUCAAAAGAGAGUUUCUGAUAAAGAAUUUAGUGAGUCAUCUCUUUCACUGAAUCAGCAACAAAAAGAAUUUUAUUAUGAGGUACUUCAUAGAACGAAGACAGAUAGUAAUCCAUACUACCUCUUCCUUUCAGGUGGGGGAGGAGUCGGAAAAUCGCAUAUUCUGAAAACCCUCUACCAGGCUCUAGUAAGAUACUUUGAUAAGAUUCCUGGAGAAAACCCAGAUGAUAUGAAAGUGAUUAUAGCCGCCCCAACUGGAAAAGCUGCCUACAAUGUCCGUGGAAAUACACUUCAUAGUUUAUUUGGUAUACCAUGUAACCAAAGUCUUGCAACAUACAUACCACUGGACCAUAGCUCACUGAAUACUUUUAGGUGUAGAUUCAACAAGUUGAAAAUCUUGAUCAUAGAUGAAAUAUCCAUGGUUGGUGUAAAUAUGUUUAACUUUGUGUGUUCCCGGCUCCAGCAGAUAUUUGCUUCUCCUCUACCUUUUGGUGGCAUAUCAGUGAUUGCAGUUGGGGACCUGUACCAACUGAGGCCUGUACGUGACUGCUGGAUCUUCCAAAAUAGUGAUUAUCAGUAUGGUCCAAUAAUAAUUAACCUAUGGCAAGAUCUUGUUGAAAUUUAUGAAUUAACAACAAUAAUGCGACAAAAAGAUGAUGCCUUGUUUGCAGAAUGUUUAAACAGGAUAAGGGAAGGAAAACAAACAAAGCUAGACAUGGACAUGUUACAAGCAAAACUAAGUAAAAAAGAAAAUAGAAGUGAACACAUUCACUUGUUCAGCUCUAAUGCCCUUGUUGAUGAGCACAACAGGAAGGCACUAUUGACCAAAACUGGAAAAAGUUUCACAUCUGUAGCUCAUGAUUAUGCUGUAGGCAAUUUUCCAGCAAGUAGCAAAAAGGCUGUGCUGUCUAUUGCUAAAGCUCUCGAACCUCAGAAAACUCAGAGUUUACCAUAUGAAUUAUUACUAAAAGAAUCAGGUAACUACAUUGUGACUCACAAUCUCAAUACUAGUGAUGGGCUCACCAAUGGCGCAGACUGUAAGAUAAUGCUGAUUCAAUGUUUUAACAACAAUCCGUCUGUAGUAUGGGUUAUGUUCCAGGAAUCAGACAUUGGUGCAGACACACGGACUGAAAAUGCACAUUUGUACAUGGCUAGUCAACAGAUUGACAAAUCAUGGACUCCAAUAUUAAAAGUCGAAAAACAAUUUCAAGUAGGGAAAACAGAUAAGAUGAAAGUUGUUCGAAAGCAGUUUCCAUUAAAGGCAGCUGAAGCCAUGACAAUUCACAAAUCACAGGGUUCUACACUUAAUAAAAUUGCAGUAUCAUUCAAAGGCAGAGUAGGGAAACAUAUGGUGUAUGUUGCUCUGAGUAGAGUCCGAUCUCUUGAAGGGCUAUCUCUUAUAGAUUUUGAUGCCAACAAAAUUAAAAUUGAUGCUUUAGUGGAGCAGGAAAUGACAAGACUGCGUACUCACAAAGAAUUAGUAAAGAUAACAACAAAAAUUCCUGUAUCAGAACUGACUAUAAUAUGCCAUAAUGCAAGAUCCCUUCAUAACAACAUUAAGCACUAUCGAAAAGACCAUAGACUAAUGAAUACUGAUGUCAUAGUUGUACAAGAAACAUGGGCCAAAAAAAACGACUCUAAGGAACAUUAUGCCAUGGAAGGCUUUCAAGAUCCAGUUUGUCUGUACACUGACAAUAACAAACACAGACCACAUUCCGGAACAUUUAUUUAUGUUAAACAAGGAAUAGCAAUUCUGUCUAGUACUCACACAACAGAAUUGGGAAUCGAAGGUUCAAGUGUGGUGAUUCGCAAAGGCAAUAAACUCUAUGAAGUCAUCUCUGUGUACUGUCAUCCACCUGGAAAUGUCAACAAAAUAUGUACAGCUGUUAAAAAACUACAUCGGCAGAAUGUGCCAUUAGUCAUCGGUGGUGACAUGAACAUUGACCAACUCAAACCCUCAAAAUGCCAGAAACUGUAUGAUUUCUUAAAGAACACAGUUAAUGCUUUACCAGCUCUAUGCAUGGAGACCACAGACUAUCAUUCAGCACUUGACCACAUCUACACAACAGAGACCAACUACAAAACAGGGGUAUUAGAAACAUACUGGAGUGACCAUAAGAUGACCUGGAUUUCAUUCUUGGAUUAAGGUUAUAAUAAUUAAUGAAUAAGUUGGAAAUUAUUUUUAAAAUUUAUAGCCUUUUUUAAAGACACUUUUAAUUUUUAUCUGCCUUUUAAGUAUCAUCCGGCGCAUGGUACAUAAGCCAAGUAAGUUAUUGUAUAUUUUUAUCUAAAAAACUAUUAAUAAACUAAAAAACAAACUAAAUUCCCAUGUUUCUUCCAUGACAUCAUCGAAGUAUUUUCUUAAAAUUGUGAACAUAUUUUUCUUCAUAUCGCACAAAACGCCCGACACCAAUAUUGUUGACAAAAGAAAAUGACAAGAGACGCAAAAAUGCAAAGAUUAAGCAAAAAUAAAGAACUGUUUACCUUUCUAAAACAUAUGGGAAAAAAAGCGAAUAGACAACAUAAAAUUUCUCAAUCAUUUUUGUUUGAGGAAUAUUAAAAAAGCCAUAAUUCCUCCUAAAAGUUCAAUUAAAAACAAAUGCCCCUUCAUGACAAAGCUUCUGUGAAAUAUUUUGCUGAAAACCUGGUUGCAUCGCAUUGCGAUGUUUCUUGUUUCUUC